GUAAACCUACAGCUACAAAUCUAAUUAUCCUGAGUAACUUAUUGAUAAGUUUUGAAAUUUAUUGGAAUUCCUUUUGAUUUAUUAAAAUAAGUGCAAAUUUGGUAUCGACUGCCGACGCUUAGCGUCUCAGCGAUGCCGCUAAUAGAAAUAAAUACAAAAAUGGGUAAGACUCAAAUAAACACCAAGUCAAGGGAUUACCUUAACGACAAAGAAACUUUUCUUAAAGAAUUGAAGCAGUUUAAUGAAAGUAAAAAUAUACCAUACAGAGUGCCAGUAGUUAAUGGUGUUGAAAUUGAUUUAUAUUUACUUUAUGCCUCGGUUCAACAAAAAGGUGGCUUGAGUAGAGUCAAUCAAACAGACACAUGGGAAUCAUUUCUGCGAUUACUCAAAUUGCCCUACCCAUGUGUAAAUGGGUCAACACUUUUACGAAGGAUCUAUGGCAUGUAUCUUGAAAAAUAUGAACGAGCAAAAGGUCCACCAGGCAGGGAUGACGAUAAUGACAUGGAUGAAGAUCCGAGGCGGAGUCGUAGCGGCAUGCCUAGAAUUAGUUUUGGUAGUGGCACUUAUAUUUCUGCAUCUGGUGAACAAUUAAAAACUACAACUCCUAAAUUUGCGGGGCCAUCGGAGAGGCUUACGUUGUCAUUGUUAUCGCCAAUGCCAAAUGAACAGGACUUUGCAAUCAAUGUGUGUACUGUUUUGGCUGCGGACCAUUCAAACAGGCUGCCUUUGAAUACAACUCCACACAUACUAGAUUUUUUGUUGGCACAUGCUGGAGUAUAUAAUCAUUCAAGUCUUCGAGACACAAUUGGUCGUUCUUAUUAUGAAGCGCGUGGUCGUUAUCCUCACGAUUUUUGGGAAAUGCGUGCUGGAGGCGGCGGAGCUAAGGAAUUGGCUGAUGAAACUAAGUUUAUGCAACCGGGAAUCGAACAGCCCGAAUUGAUGGUACAAGCAUUAGCGGCACAUAACACGUUGACAGAUUGUCUUAUGAACGGUGGAGAUGAUGAUGAUAUACUGGAUAAAGUCGUUGAAGAUCUUCAUCAACAGGAGAUGGAAGAUUGGGUGACGGAACCGUCGGAGGAAGAUCAGCUCUUUGCACCAGAAUUACCCGGUGGAGCCAGUUGUGUGUACACACAGCGGGUCUUGCAAAUAGCGUCUAUUGUACGGUCACUGUCCUUCCAUGAGGAUAAUGUGCAAUAUCUAUCCAGAAAUACAACACUUAUACGGUUUUUAUUACUCUGUGCAAAUUGUUGGGUGGGUACACUACGGCAAAGUGGUUUGGACACUCUUGGAAAUAUAUCAACUGAGCUUAUAAUUAAGGAUCCUGCUACCUGUCUCAUUUCGAGGCAUGUUUUAUCAACGAUACAGACUGCUUUGUCGUCGCCCGAUCGCGCCAGGAUUUUGGCCGCGCUGGAGUUACUUAACAAAUUGGCCCAGAAUGAGGCCAAUGAAGAGGCGUUGCUGAGGUCCCUUGAGGCAAAGGUGUAUAGUGACGUGUGUUCGUUGCUAACGCUACGUGAUAUAAUGGUGCUCGUUUGUACGUUGGAGUGCGUAUACGCACUUACUUCCUUGGGGGAAGCGGCAAGCGAAGCGGUAGCAAGAGUCACUGGUUUAGUUCAUACAUUGGUUUCUCUUGUUACUGUUGAGGCCCAAAGUUAUGGCCCACGAGCCUGUAUACUUAUGCGUGUGGUGGAAACUGUGAGUGGACCCGCCGCUGUUGCUGAAAGGGAGUCCGAGAAACCUCAACAACAGCAGCCGCAAGUGCAAGUGAAGCCCCAAGAGCCGGUGACGUCAUCGAGCCCUCACGCCCACAUCAUCGUGUCCAACUCAGCCCCGCCCAACGUCACGCCCACCACUUCUCUUUCCUCGAUACAGGUGUCGCACUUGCAUCAGAGAACUGUGCAGGAAAACGAGCAUUUUGCCCAAGCGUGGUUGCGUUCGACGUACGAGCCGCUACCAGCGAACGACAAUAGUACGUGCGACGCCGCGGAGAUGUAUCGCAACUAUAUGACGUGCUGCACGAAGGUCGGACGUAAGGGGAUUAUUGCGCCUGCGCACUUCCCGAGAUUGGUCAGAACUGUGUUUGGGGGUACGGUUGGCCCUAAUACGGUGGCGACAUCGGGUGGCGAAAUGCAGCAGUUGUACGUCGGAAUACGAGCGAAGAAUACGGGAAAAACCACUACACCCGCUGGACCGUCUUCACCGAUUCUGAAGGCACAGUUAACAAAUAAGACUGACGUCAAACCAGUUGUAACUCAAGCCCAGACCCAACCAGCGUCCCAUCCGCAUUUGUCGCAAGCGUUAGAAUCGACCGCCAAUACGUCGACAUCACUUAUAAAGCAUCUACUCGCCCAUAAAGUAAGCCCCGGCAUUCAAACGCAAGUCGCGCAAAGACAAAACCAGAGAGCGCCACCAGCAGGUGCCGUUGUGAUUCAAACAAAUACGAAUACGGGAAUGGAAGUGGACCCGGAAACGUUAAUAAAAUGUACAACAAUUACUCCCGGGGGUGUUGCUAGUAAUACGCCUUUGCAAGAUAAGGUCAAUGUUGCAGAAGAUAUUGGUGCUCCGAAAGAAGCACCAGUCCAGAUACAAAUUGAUGAACAAGCUCAAUUGACUAUAAAGACCGCGCAAAACAAAAUGUUAGCCGAUCUCCUAGAAAAGAAAUCAAACCCACCUGUUCAAGUAGUCCAAAUGAACCAGCACGCGCCGACCAUACAAAUAACCGAAACCGGGCAAAUCGUUCAAGUCAAACCGGAUGCGAGCCAGGUCAUAGUUAACCCGGAUCAACCGGCGCCAUAUUUACAGAUUAAAAACGAGCAAGGGCAACUGAUACAGAUAAAAAAUGAUUCGGGACAGAUUAUACAGUUGAAGAGCGAUCAGGGCGUGAUACAGUUUAAGAAUGAUCAAGGACAAUUGGUACAGAUUAAAAAUGAAAGUGUUAUACAGAGUGUUAAAACUGAAGUUGACCCUAUCGUUACGGACCAUUCGUAUACGGAGCCGCCCUCGAAGAGGCCUAAAGUGGAGGACAAAACGGAGAAUAAUUCACCGCAAGAAAGCGUCUCAAAAACAGCAGCAAAUUUGUACGCGGCGCUCGCAGCUUCAGCUCUUGAGGAUGAAGAGGAUUUGCGUCCCCGUGGGAUUCUUGUAUCUGGCCCAAUGGCCUCGAAGUUACCACAGAAACCAGAGAAUUCAGAUGCAAUACAACAACCAGUGUUAGUCGGCGGUGCAGGAGAAAGUCCGGUUAUCAUCCAGGAACCGAUUUUACAGGUACAGCAGCCGACACUACAAGUACAACAGCCAUCAAUGCAAGUGCAGCAAUCAUCAAUGCAGGUCCAACAACCGCCACAUCAAAUGCAACAGCCAAUGUUGCAAGUGCAACCCAUGGAUGUUCAAAAUAUUAUCUCAUCUCAAUCAGGACAGCUUAUAUUACAAGAGAAAACAGUUACAUCUCAGCCUCAAUUUGUCCAACAGCAAAUGCAAUUGAUUGCGACACCAAACACAUCACAAGGGGGUAUCGGCUACCUAUCAUCGAAUAUUCCAGGAAAUAUGAUGCAGAAAACCAUCAUAAUAGUACAAGGAGCAAGUGGCGGACCGCUAACAUUAACGGUGAACAACCCGAGCGGUUUGGACGAGGCGACACUAAACAGCCUUAUUGCGCAGGCCACAGAGGCUAUAACCCAACAACAGAUUAUACAGAACAAGGGUGUGAUACAAUCAACACAGAGAGUGAUUGUGAGCCAAUCAGCGUUAGUCAGCACCUCACAACCGAUCGCCGUCGUCAAAUCGGCCAUUGCGCAGAAUUCCCCCCAAAUAACGCAAAGUCAGCAACCAAUUAUAACAACUCAACCGCAACCCCACAAGGCGCAGAUCGUCACCCAACAACCCCAACAAAUAGUUGUUUCCCAAAAACAACCACCUGCUCUAAUAAGCACGACUACUGGCAACCCUAUUGGCAACCAACAGAUUAUUCAAGGCAACCAACAGCUAUUACAAGGCAACCAGCAAAUUAUUGCGGUGUCAAAUAAUCAACAGAUUAUAGUGAAUACGCCCAUGAAGCAAAACGUUCAUAGAGUUGUGCAACCACAGAGGAUUCAAACAGCUGUGAGUAAUGCAGCUCCGGUGCAGAUUGAAAGUAAAUCUGUUGUGCAAAGCCCUGCGAAAACUCAACAACCAGUAAUGCGGCAAGUGAUAACCAGGCAACCAGUGAUGGUUGGAAACACCAAAAUUGGGGAAAAGGAAACAGUUGUUUCACAACCAGUCACAGAGCAAAAGCCACCAAAGUCUGACCCUACUCCACCACCUCAGCCUACAACAUCUCAGAAUCAAGAGGACACACCAUGGAUUUGCCAUUGGAAAGGAUGUGGGAAAACGUUUACAAAUGCUUCAAGCGUGUUCACGCACGCGGCGCGUACGCAUUGCCCGGGGGGUGCGGGGGGUGAGGCACCCUGUAUGUGGAUCGAUUGUGAUCGGGUUCCGCGAAAGACAUUUGCCUUGUUGAAUCAUCUCAACGACAAGCAUUGUACCCAGCAGGCUCUCAAAGCAAUAUACAAUUCGCGUCGUCAUGCUGCGGCCGAGCCAGAAGCGAACAAGCCGGUCUCCGUCGCCUAUCCACCUAACGCGGCUCUCGCGGCUCUUAAUAAGCACGCGACCGACUUGUUUAAUCCCAGGGAACUUAUGCACAAGAACGAUCGCGCAAUGGACCAAGGGGAUGAAAAUGAGGGACCGGUGACGAAAAGCAUCCGCCUAACAGCUGCCCUUAUAUUGAGGAACAUCGUCAUUUACUCAAAUACAGGAAGACGAAUGCUCAGACAAUACGAAGCCCAUCUUGCAUCAAUAGCUUUAAGCAGUGUUGAAGCAUCGCGAACAAUUGCCCAAGUCUUAUAUGAUAUGAACAAUAUAUGAGAAUAGCUUAAUGGGCGAAAGCCCUAAAUGUGA